UUCAAUGGAUUCAAGUAUCGCAUUACACGAAUAAAUGUGUUACAAAAAUCUUGAAGUAUUCUGAUUUAAUUAGGGUCUGGACUGUAGAAUUCAAAUAAAAGAGCUCGUGUACUGUAAAAGUGUAAAACAAAAGUAAUUUCUUACAAUCAUGGCCACAAGCGCUUCGUCAUCAACAUCAAAAGGUGGAAAGCCCAAAUCCAGUGAAGAGAUCUUUGCAGGAUUUCAAACACUCCGCACCGAACAAAGGCAACUCGCUAACAAAAUAUCAGAACUUGAAAUGGAUCUAAAUGAACACAAAAUUGUAAUUGAAACCCUAAAAGGUGUCGAUGGAUCUCGAAAGUGUUUCCGAAUGGUUGGCGGUGUCCUAGUAGAGCGAACGGUGGCUGAUGUCUUGCCAGAGCUCGAAACUAACCGGGAACGUUUGCCAAAGGCUUUGCAGGCUUUACAUGAACAACUGACAAAGAAAGGGCAAGAAAUUAAUGAUUACAUUGAGUGCCACGAUAUACGUGUUCAGCGAGCUGACCGACCACCAGCUGAAGAAACUCCUGAGCAACCUGCAAAAUCAAACGUCCUAGUGGCUAGUGCUUAAUUAAAGAAGUAUGAACAAUUUAUAACUUUGAGUAUUUAACCUAUUUAAGAAAGUAUUCUAAAAUAUUUCAACAUUUAAGUUUGAAAAUACUAAUCCAAGUGCUUGUGCUAUUUAAUUUGCUAAUUAUAUUUAAACCACGGAUACUUUGCCAGUUAUAUCUACUUUACUAAAUACUCAUUUACCAAGAUUGCAAUAAAAUUGAUAAUCUAUGAUUAUCCUGAUCAAAAGCUGCCAUGGCAUGUAAAUUUUAUUGAAGUUGAAAUAAAUAUUUGAGUAAAUUUUA